AUGGUUGAGACAGAGGAAGGGUCGGACCACAAAAAUGGUCCGGACGGCGGCUGGGGCUGGAUUGUGGUUCUAGGCUGCACAAUGAUAAUGGCUUUCACAUGGGGUCAGCAGGUGGCCUUCGGAGUUUACUUGGUCAGCAUUACGGAGACUUUGGGUGUUGAUGUGUCUGCCACGGCACCUAUACAGGGUCUGAACACGGCAAUAUGUCUAAUGAUGGAGGAUCGCCUUGCAAUGGGCAUUGUGACCUCCGGAGCCGGUCUGGGCUCUCUCGUGCUGCCACUACUCGGCAAGUGGCUCAUAGACGCAUAUGGCUACGAGGGGGCGAUGCUGAUCAAUGGUGCAAUCGUGCUGAACACUGUAGCCUGCAUUGCACUCUAUCGACCUCUGCAUCUACACGACCAGCGCCAUGUGGCUGAAGACACGUUGGGUCCUGCUAUAUCAGUCACUGCCAGCACCAGCGAACUGCUGCAGUACGGAGAAUUCGAAUCUACCAAGACGGAUAGUGUACUUGGCGGAGAAUCGGUCACGCAGGAUGACCGCUCGCUAAACCUUCAGCAAGGAGACUUGGUGGCAGAGGUGAGCAGAUCUGACGAGGACCGCAGUAGCGUCACCGUGGUGGUAACCACGCGCCAACCCGUAGCUACUCCGGGCACACACAAGAAGAAGGGUUUCGCGUGGGAGAUCUUCAAUGACGCUCGGCUGUGGGUUCUGUGCGUCAUGGUGGGUUUCGUCGAUGUCGGCACUCUCACGGCGCCCAUCUACCUGCCGCUGCUCAGCAUCGAGGUCGGCGGCGACGACAUCAACGAAGCUGCCGGUGUUUCCAUGAGCGGCAUCAUCGGCACCAUCAUUCUCGUCAUAAUCAGCCUCAUCUGGGACUUGGGCGUCUUCAGGCGACCACACAUGCGCCAGAUCGGCUACGCUGCGUUUGCGAUAUCAACCGGCGUGACGACGCUCGUAGCCGGGUUUCUACAGAGCUACGCUGUACUCAUGUGCUGGGUGAUCUUCGUCGUUCCGGUGACGACGGCGGGAAGUCUGUCGACGUUCUACAUCGUCGUGCGCGACAUCGCAACGCCAGAAAACUACCCCGACGCCCUUUCUACGAUCAACCUGAUCGAGGCACCCAGCAUGCUGAUUUUCUCAAUCGUAUUCGGGCUGGUCUACAGCAGCAGUGGCAGUGCGAGCACCACCUACGUGGCACUGGGACUGUGUACGGCGCUUGGCGGAGCAAUAGCGGCCGUCAUGCCGUUACUGACGAUCUUCUACUACCGACCUAAGGAUGGUGAAGACACGAGGGAGCCUGAUCUCAACCCAACGAACACAUUAUAG